AUGGCCCAGACUGGAGAAGCAUUCUUUAUUCUGUCAGAUCCUGAAUCGAAAAAAGAGGCAAAGUUGCAACUGUCUUUGACUGUCCCCAAACCGGUUCAUCCAACACCAGCCACCUCCAUCCUGCCACCUAAGUUCAAUCCCAACAAGAUCAAAUUCAUACAUCUGAGCUGUAACCAUGGGGAAGUUUGUGCCACAUCUGUCCUGGCUCCAAAGAUUGCCCUGCUUGGUCUGGCUCCAAAAAAGGUUGGUGAUGACAUUGUCAAAGCAACCAGAAAUUGGAAGUGUUUGAAGAUUACAGUGAAACUGACCAUUCAGAAAACCUAUGCCCAGAUUGGAAUGGUAACUUCUGCCUUUUACAUGAUUAUCAAAGCCCUCAAGGAACCACCAAGAGACAGAAAAAUGCAGAAAAACAUUAAGCACAGUGGAAAUGUCAUGUUUGAUGGGACUGUCAACAUUGCCCAACAGAUGUUGCACCAAUCUUUAGCCAGAGAACUCUCUGGAACCAUUAAGGGGAUCCUGAGGUUUGCUCAGGUUGUGGGCUGCAAUGUUGAUGGAUGCCACCCUCAUGACAUCAUAGGUGACAUCAAUAGUGGUGCAGUAGAAUGCUCAGCUAGUUAA